CGCAGCUCACCACAAACCGCCGCGGCGAGGGGAGAACUCCAGAGUCGAAAGCAUGGAUUAUGGAGGAGCACGAUCGGCCAGACUCACCUUCAAAGGUGACAAGAAACCCUUCAAGAAGCACAAAAAGAAGAAGAAAGAAAAAAAAAGGUCUCAUAGUAGCGAUGAAGGUGAAUCGAGCGCAGCCGGAUGGCGAAAAGCAACAUCCGUCGGUCAAUUGAAAGGCACCAUCGCAGUCAGAUGGUCGGAUGGAAGAUUCAUCGGAGCCAAAGAUAAUGGAUCCCUAGAGUUGUGGGUAUCCGAAGACGCCCCCAAUCCAGAGCCCGCGCAAAUGUUCACCGUUAUCCGGCCGAACGAGACCCAAAUCGCGCUGAAAACCGGUUACGGGAAAUUCAUCUCCGUUGACAAUAUCCAAUGCAAACUCGAGGCUCUCACCGAAGCCAUCGGACCCCUUGAGCACUUCGAACCCGUCUUCCAGGAGGGGAAAACCGCGAUGCUUUCCGGAGCAAAAAACAACUUUGUUACGGCCUGUCGCGGAGAGUUGUUCGCUUCAGCUCCGUCUGUCAAAGGUGACAACGAGAUCUGCGAGUUCGUCUAUGAAUCGACCGGCGACGACCAUACUGUCAAAAAAUCCAAGAUAGCUGACCCUAAAAAGAUCGCGAGGAAAGCGGGCUUGAGUCGCGAGGAUAUCAAGAAGCUCGAAGCUGAAGGGGCUAGUAUAUACGAAGCCAUCGUAGACAAGAGAUCGAAGGGGAAGAGCGACAAGUUCUGUAAAUAGGAAGCACGAAAGCCCCAAAUAUUCUAGACUUGCGAGGAAUCAAUUUUGGUCGCUGUAUUCAUUCUGUACAAAUGCUUCAUAUUGAUCCUCCGAAGAGGACCGGUAAGUCUUCUUGACGAAUGAAAAUCCUUUAUGAAAUAAAUAUUGUGACCGUAACAUUCGA